AUACUCUCUGCUUUAACAUAUAUUACCUAUUCUGUUGUUGCUAGUACAUCAGAGAAGAACCUGUAAGUGCUACCGCUAUUUAUAUUUUCGAACAUCUUCCUUGCUACACGACAUUUCAGCUCUAAUUUCGAAGAUCUUCAGCAGUAACUUCUAAAACACUAUCUUAUUACAAUUAUAUAAAAAGAAUAGUGUCUAUAGGAAAGGGUUGAAUUCCACACAGUAAUCUCAAGCUUCUGACUCGUACAAUACGAUUUUUUCGACUCACAGAUAAAUUUCUACGUAUCAUUAUAAUUCAGAGUGUAAGAUGACAGACAUGAAAAAGAUUGUACCUUUCUACUAUUCCAUAAACGGUAAUGUGGAGGAAGACAAGAUACUUUUAGAACCGAUCAAAUACAGUCUGCAAUCCAGUGAUGCACAUCCAUAUAAAAGAAUAACCUCGAUUUUCAACUACUGGCUUAAACUAUCACCCGAUAAAUUUCAACAGAUUGACGAAAUAAUGCAAAUGGUCUUUAAUGUGUGCAUCAUAUUCGAUGACAUUCAAGAUGAGGCCAUUAUGCGAAUUGGUUUUCCCGUAACCCAUUCUGUUUAUGGACUUUACUAUUCAAUAAACGCUGCAAAUUAUUUAGAACUUAUUGCUUAUCAAAAACUUAUUAAUUUACAUCCCAUGGCAGUUAAAAUUGUGAUUGAACAAUUCAUGGAAUAUUUCAAAGGUCAAGGAAUGGAUUUUUAUUGGAAGGAAAAUUUCAUCUGCCCAACUGAAAAAGAUUAUCAUAGUCUAGCAUUAAGAAAGAGUGCUUGGAUAAUCGAAUUGGUGGUAAAAUUAAUGAAACUAUUUUCUACUUAUGAAGAAGACGUUUUGUCGCUAGCAAGUACUCUAGGAUUGUAUCGCCAGAUACAUGAUGAUUAUUGCAAUUUACGGCACGAUGAGGAUACUAAUGAAAACAGUUAUUGCGAUGAUCUGACCGAAGGAAAAAUGAGUUUCCUAAUUAUUCAUGCGCUUAAAAACAAUCCUGACGAUAAAAAAUUAAUAAAUAUUUUGAAACAACGAUCGAAAAAUAUUGAAGUAAAACGUUACUGCGUUAAAAUAUUAGAGAGUUACGGCUCAUUUAAGUACGCGAAAGAUGUUCUUGAUGAAUUGGAUAAAAAGAUGAGAACCGAAAUUGAUCGUUUAGGUGGUAAUCCGACCUUUGUAAAAUUUUUGGACGAGUUGAAGAAUAAGAUGUUGAAAACACGUAUCUAAAGGUUCUCUAACCGAAAUGAUAAAAAAUUCAGAAAUAUAUGUUUUGUUAUUAAUAAAUUAUCAAACGUAGCAUUACGUCAUUUAUCCACACCGUUGUAUAAAAUAAUUUCUUAUUAAACAGCAAAAUAUAACAAAAAUAAAUAUCUGUACGAAUGAAGAUAAAUAAAGCUUAUUUAUGAAACUUCA